CAGGUGCAGGAUUUCAUUCCAAGCUGCCGCUGCGGACUGAGCGGGGGGACUCAGAGCGGGGGUCCCCCUGCGCCCCCAGUCUGGGAUUAUAACGGGAGAGGCCAGUGGGGGCGCGAUUGAGCGUCGGGGGAGCGGAGCCGGAGCGGGACCGAGGGGAACAGAGAAAAGCUGCGGAGCGGGAGGAGAGGGCAUCGCUCGCAGUCCGGAUCCGGGGGGACCAGAGGGACCCACCCCAGAGCGCCUACCCAGAUCGGCGGCUUCUUCUGUGCGCUGGGGUCCCCCUCAGCUCCGGGUUCGCCAUCUGCCUUGGGGGCUCCCCUGGCCGCUCUGGGGGUCCCCUCCCGUCCUCUUAGUUCCGUGGGGUCGCUGAGCGCCCCCUCGCGUUGGGAAGGCAUUGGGGGGUGGGGGGGGGGGGAAACUCCGCUCCCCGCCUGUCCUGCUCCCCGUCUCCUUUCUCGAGGUCCGAUCCCCGCUCUCCCAAGCCGGUCUCUGCCUGCGUUUAGCAGGGCAGAGAGUCUCCCCUCUCUCGUUUCCUUGGGGAUGAAAACCUUUCCCAUCUCCAUUUGGGGGUAUCGGGUCUCCUGGGCUUGGGGGCGCCCCAGUAGUGAGCGGGGGUCUCCCCUCGGAGGCAGGGAAGCGUCACUUGCUCCUUGAAUUUCUGGGGUUGUCUCUACUCCGCGGCUCUGGGGUCCUCUCGGUCCGAUUGGGGGGCGGCGGGGGGGUUCUCCCCUCACCAUGGCCUUCACUUUCGCUGCCUUUUGCUACAUGCUGUCCCUGGUGCUGUGCGCUGCCCUCAUCUUCUUCGCCAUCUGGCAUAUAAUCGCCUUUGAUGAGCUAAGGACAGACUUCAAGAGCCCGAUAGACCAGUGCAAUCCAGUUCAUGCACGAGAGAGACUAAGAAACAUUGAGCGCAUCUGCUUUCUUCUGCGAAAGCUGGUGCUGCCUGAGUAUUCUAUCCAUAGCCUUUUCUGCAUCAUGUUCUUGUGUGCUCAGGAAUGGCUAACCCUGGGGCUGAAUGUUCCUCUGGUUUUCUAUCACUUUUGGAGGUAUUUCCAUUGCCCAGCGGAUAGUUCAGAGCUUGCAUAUGAUCCACCUGCAGUCAUGAAUGCAGACACCUUGAGUUACUGUCAGAAAGAAGCAUGGUGUAAACUAGCUUUCUAUCUCCUUUCCUUCUUCUACUAUCUUUACUGCAUGAUCUACACUUUAGUGAGCUCUUAACUCAAAAAUCAUCAUUAAAGACUGGGAACAACAAAGGAUGGAGAGCAAGGACAAGUCAGCCUACAGCGACGCUUGGUAAAAAGAAUAGCAAGGAGAGGAAAGCUUUGAACUCAAGCAGUAAUACAGUAUAUGAAAGACCUAUGCAGUAAGAAUAAUGGCCAACUGUGGAUCUGGAGUACCAUGGAGACUAGGCUGAGUAAACUAUGCUUAUCUUCUGUUUCUCUGUGUAUCCCAGUCUGUGGCUUUAAAAAAAAAAAAACAAGCAAAAAA